AUGGGAAAUACCACCAGUAGUGCAUUAUCAAAGGAGAUCCUGGAGGACCUCAAGCUCAGCACCAAAUUCACUGAAAAUGAGAUCUCCCAGUGGUAUGAGAACUUUCAGAAGCAGUGCCCAACGGGACGCAUUACACCAGAAGAGUUUGAGCAGAUCUACACCCGCUUCUUCCCUGAGAGUGACGCCAAGAGCUACGCACGACAUGUGUUUCGUUCCUUUGACACCAAUGAUGACGGCACUUUGGACUUCAAGGAGUACAUCAUUGCACUGCACAUGACCUCCACUGGGAAGACUACCCGAAAACUGGAGUGGGCCUUCUCGCUGUUUGACGUAGACAAGAAUGGAUACAUCAACAAGACAGAAGUGACAGAGAUCUGCCAGGCCAUAUUUAAGCUGAUCCCCAAGGAGGAGCAGAGCAAGCUACCAGAGGAUGAGAACACACCCGAGAAGAGAGCCAACAAGCUGUGGGCUUACUUUGAAAAGAAAGACAACGAGCGACUGGCUGAGGGAGAAUUCAUCAAAGGAGUGAUUGAAAAUGAGAACGCAAUGCGUCUUAUCCACUAUGAACAGAUCAAACAGUAA